AUGAAGGUCACGACUGCUCUGGCCGUCCUCGGCUCCCUCGGGGCCGCGGCUGGACGUAACAUCCCCCGCCAGGAUGUUGUGACGACCGCCAUUGUCUACUCCACCCAGCUCUACACAGUGACCUCGUGCGACUCGACAGUGACCAACUGCCCCGCGUCCGCCACCCAGGUGUCGACUUCCCUGGUACCUCACCACACCACCACCAUCACCGGUGCCCAAGUUUCGGCGACCGAGGAGUCCACUCCUGUUGCCUCCUCUUCCGAAGUGGUUGAGAGUGCGAUUCCCUCGUCGCCCGCUGGUCCGGACUACGAGACUCCUUCCUCUGCCGUUGAGACGCCGGUUGAGAGCACACCCGUGCAGACAUCCGACGUGUCUGGCGAGACGGCCUCUUCGGUUCCCACCCCCGAGGUCCCGGCCUCCACCCCGGUGGCUUCUGUUCCCCUCAGCAGCGAUGUCAGUGGUGAAACCGUUUCCACUCCGGAGGCUCCGGUCUACACUCCUGUCCAGACGCCCGAAGCCCCGGUCCCCACUACCGGUUCGGCCCCUGUGAGCCCCCCUUCGGUUUCUGAGGCCGCCACUCCGUCCACCCCCGUGGCCCCGUCCGUUGUGCCCACGCCUUCUUCGGCCUCCACCCCCGUGGCGCCGGCGUCUUCGGACGUGAGCGGUGGCGUGCCCACUCCUCUGUCUCCUCCCGUUGUCGGCACCCCCAUCACUCCGGCCGGAACUCCCAUCUUCACGCCGGUUGCGAAUGCUUCCACGACGCACAUCAUCCAGGAUGUGACCUCCGUCGUCUACAGCACUCAGUACUACACCGUCACCUCGUGCGCUCCUGAGGUCACGAACUGCCCCGCAUCCAGCGGUGAUGUCUCCGCCGUUUCCGAGUCCCUGGUGCCCGUCUCGACCACCACCUACCAGACGACUGUCCCCGCUACCCACGGUGUCAGCAAGUCCACUGUCUAUGCCACUCAGUUGAUCACCGUCACCUCGUGCGCUCCCGAAGUCACCAACUGCCCCGCCAGCUCCACCGCUGUGCAGACUACUCUGGUGCCUGCUUCGACCACGGACAUCACCACUUUGAUCCCCGUCACUGAGGAGUCCACGCCGCAGCUCUCAUCGGGCGUCGAGGGUGUCGUCAGCACCCCGUCCGCCUCUGCUCCUCAGACCACUGAGUACCAGACCAGCACCGUCUUCAGCACCAACUUCGAGACUGUCGUCACUGGCGGCAGCACCUCCGUGGUGACCUCCGUCGUUGCCGUGUCCACUACGGUCUGCCCUCUUACCGAGACCAAGACCAUCAGGACCUCGAAGCCCAGCGGAACUGCCCCGGCCGUUUCUGGCGAGAUUUCCAGCGCCGUUGCCAUCCCUUCGACCAGCACUGCGCCCAACGGCGAGACUGUUGUCCUGACCGUCACGCAAACUCCCAGCGCCCCUGUCUCGUCUGGUGUUGAAGGCGCCAGCUCCGCCCCUGGCGUUCCCGUUGGCGAGACGGAGACCCCCAGCGCCGUCGCUACGCCCUCGACCAGCACUGCGCCCAAUGGCGAGACUGUUGUCCUGACCGUUACCCAGACCCCCAGCGCACCCGUGUCGUCGGCUGUCGAAGGCGCCACUUCUGCGCCUGGCGUUCCUGUCAGCGAGACCGACGAGACCACCAGUGUCGUUGCCAUUCCUUCGACCAGCACUGCUCCUAACGGCCAGACUGUCGUUGUCACCGUCACUCAGACCCCAAGCGCCCCUGCUUCGUCCAACGUCUCGGGCGAAGUCAGCACUCCCGGUGUCCCCGUCGGUGAGACUGGUGAGACCACCAGUGUUAUCGCUGUUCCUUCGACCAGCACUGCUCCCAAUGGCCAGACCGUCGUUGUCACCGUCACUCAGACCCCAAGCGCCCCUGCCUCGUCCAACGUCUCGGGCGAAGUCAGCACUCCCGGUGUCCCCGUCGGUGAGACCGGUGAGACCACCAGUGUUAUCGCUAUUCCUUCGACCAGCACUGCUCCCAAUGGCCAGACCGUCGUUGUCACUGUUACCCAAACUCCCAGUGCUCCUGCUUCCAGUGUACCUGGUGUCCCCGUUGGUGGCUUCAACCAGACUGUUAGCGUCGUUGCCACUCCUUCGACCAGCACUGCCCCUAACGGCGAGACUGUUGUUGUCACUUUCACGCAGACUCCCAGUGCGCCCGUCUCCUCAGGUGUCUCUGGCGAAGUGAGCACUCCUGGCGUACCUGUCGGUGGCUUCAACCAGACCGUCACCGCGGUCACUGUUACUGCUUCUUCGACUUCGACCAUCUACAGCACUGCUACCAGCACCGCUGUGACAACCGAUGCUCAGGGAUCCACUUCCCAAGUUGUUGUUACCCAGGUCAUUUCCAUUGGCACGACCAUUUGCCCUGUCACCGCCACUCAAACUCCUGAGGCAUCGGCCCCGGUUUCUCAGCCCGUUGGCACUCCUUCCGCCCCUGCUUCGUCUGGCGUGGAGGGCGUUACUUCUGCUCCUACCCCUGUCCUGACGACGCUCUCUUCGACCUCCACGAUCUACAGCACCGCUGUUAGCACCGUUGAGACUACUGAUGCUCAGGGAUCGACUUCCCAGGCCAUCGUUACCCAGGUCGUGUCUAUUGGUACGACCAUUUGCCCCGUCACCGCCACUGAGACGCCUUCUGCGCCCGUCUCGUCUGGAGUUGAAGGCGCUACGUCCGCUCCCGGUGUACCUGUCGGCGGCGAGAGUGCCAGCGAGCUUCCCACGCCUUCUACCUCCACUGCUCCCAACGGCCAGACUGUCGUCGUGACUGUGACGCCUAGCGUCUCGCAGCCCGCUGUCUCGGAUGCGAGUGCUGUGCCCACCCCGGAAACCUCUACGAAGCCGAACGGCGAGACUGUUAUUGUCACCGUGACGCCCAGCGCGGCUGUGAGCAGCGACGUUUCCGGUGAAGUCAGCACUCCCGUCAUUGCUACGCCCUCGACUAGCACUUCGACCAGCACUGCUCCCAACGGCGAGACUGUUGUUGUUACCGUCACUCAGACUCCUAGUGCUCCCGUCUCUUCCGACGUUUCCGGUCAAGUUAGCACGCCCGUUGUCGGUGCGGUGACGACCACUGUCUCUGAGCAGAACCUUGUCACGGUCACCAUCACGAUUACUCCUACGGCGCCUGGUGGCAGCACUCUGCCCCCGACCGUUGUCACCCACACUGAGACUGCCACUCCCACCCCGUCCACCCCGGUGGCCGGCGAGACUUCUGAUGUUUCCGGAGAGGCGUCGACUUCGGCGACCCAGAACAUUGUCACGGCCACUUUCACGGUUACGCCUACCGCAGCUGAUGGAACUGCCCUGCCGCCCAACGUCGUUACUACCACGGUGACCGCUGAGUACACCCCCUCGACCCCCACCGCGCCGGUCAGCGCCGAGUCCACCGCUGUGUCGACUAGCACCGCCCCCAACGGCCAGACUGUCGUUGUUACCGUUACUCAAGUUCCCACGCCUGUCGCUAGCAGCGCUGUGGAAGGCAGUGUGUCCAGCUCGGCUGCUCAGCCGCCGGCUGGCAACGAGACGGUCUACGUCACCUACACGGCUCCUAACGGACAGGCCAGCAUUUCCACCUCGGUCGUCUCCACUCCCGCCGCCGUCACCCCUCUGACCGUCACCUCUUCCUCGACCUCGACCAUCUUCAGCACUGCCAUCAGCACUGCCGUCAGCACUGAUGCGCAGGGCUCGACUUCUGAGGUUGUUGUCACUCAGAUCGUGUCCAUUGGCACGACCAUCUGCCCCGUGACCGCCACCCAAACCCCUGCCUCAUCUGGUGCUGAAGGCGUCACUGAGGCCGCCAUUACCUCUUCGUCGACCUCGACUAUCUACAGCACUGCCAUUAGCACCGCUACGACUACUGAUCAGGCUGGUUCGACUUCUGAGGUUGUUGUCACUCAGAUCGUGUCCGUUGGCACCACCAUCUGCCCCGUGACCGCCACCCAGACUCCCGCAUCGACUGAUGUUGAGGGUGCUACCGCCGCUCCCUCGCAGCCCACCGGCCCCGCUGGCAGCUUCACGACCAUUUUCUACACCGUCACUGGCGCGAACGACCAGGGUGUUCCCGUGACGAGCAUUGCCUCCAGCGUUGUUCCUGCCAGUACUUCUCGUGCUGUUGUGCCCCCGGUGUACGGCAACCAGACUCUCUCUGUCCCGCCGCACCCGAUCCAGACGCCCGCGCAGCCCGCGAACGUUACUGUUCUCGUUACUUUCACGCCCUCGGCUCCCGUUGGCACUCCCGUUGCUCCCAGCGUUUUGACCACCAUCAUCACCCCCGGCGCGCUUAACACUAGCCUUUCCAUGGCUCCCACCCCGACUGUGCUGCCGACCAUCCCGUUGUUCACGUCCGCGGGCGUUGACGGUGUCGCCUCCACGCCUGUCGCGCCCCUCACUCCCGGCGCCGGUUUGACGACCUCGACCGUCUAUACCCUUGACUUCCAGACGAGCACGCACACCCACGAGAGCGGCACCUCCACCGUUGUUGUCACCUCAGUCGUGCCUGCCUACGUCACCAUCUGCCCGGUCACUGCUACCGAGACUCCCGCCGCGGCCACUCCCACCACUCUUGUCACUGCCAAGCGUAGGGCCGCUCUUCCGUCCGCCCCGGUUUCGGCCGCCUCUGUCGAGAGCGCCUCGUCCUCGUCGUCUUCCGACGAGACGUCCGAUUCCACUUGGGACAAGAUCGUCAAGUUCUUCGUCGGCGGCCGCGAGUAA